GCGUGCGAGAGCUUCGUCAACGAUGACGGACGGUGGAAAAGAAAAACAAAUGAUCUGCUGCUGCAUCCGCAAUCGAAGGGACAAAACCUGGACUUUUUCUCUUUAUCUUUCUCUCUCUUGUUUGGGGAAGAGACACGUUGUGCCAUUAAUUCUAACAAUCUGUAUAUAUACAUGUUAUCCAGAUCCAGAACUCCGCCAUCACUGCUCUCCCUAACCAUUGACACGGCUGUUCUUCACCUCUCUGACGUCUCGGAUCUAUCUCCUCUUCCUGAUCACAUCCUUCUCGAUCUCUUCCUGAGAACACUCAGUGCCGGAAAGCUGACAGAAAAGAUUCUAAAGCUCUUUAUGGCAUCUGGGAGAGAAGAAGUCAUUUCAUUCAUCCAGGCUUUGAAUAUUCAGCACGUCUUCAUCCCUGUUCUUCCCACCAGAUGUUCUGAGAAAUUCUAGUUUUUGCUGAAAUUGUGUUAGCGCAUCCUUUUUUAGCUCCCAGCUACACUAUUAUUCAGGUGGAUAAAAAAGUUUCUGAAUCUCGAAUAUCUAUAUUUCCGAGAUGUCUCUAGUGAACAUCA